UCUGCUGAUUCUGCUCCACACUUGCUCCGCGCCUCCGCCUUCUUCUCCUCGACGGACCACGCCGGCAGGCCCUCUACAGACCUCAGCUCCAUAACCUCUAUUUCCGGUGGCCUCCUCUCCUGCGACAGCGACACUGCGCCAAGCCCGCCAACCACUUCCCCUGUCGACAAAGCGUGAGAUUCUCCCGUUUCUUCUCUCCACCGUUCUUGGUUCUUCUCUUCUCUUCGACCCUUCCGUCUGUGCGCCUCUCACUUGUCGUCUAUGCCGGCUGUCGCGCUUGUCUCGUCGGUCUCUGCCUCCCGUAGUCCUGUCUGCCCUCAGCCUCUUCAGCGCCACCGCGCACCACUGCGGACUGCCAGGUUUACUUGAAGAGCGGAGGAGGGGAAAAACAUAUAUUCUUUGAGGUCAAAACCUGAACUUCCAGUGCAGAUUUAUCUGUUGGCCUCCCAAAGUGUACUGAAUUGAAAAACUAUGGCGACUGGGAUCCUAGGAAGACCCCUAAAAAUGUUAAACCGUUUCAUCCUCAGAACCCUAACCUCCUCUGGUUCCCGAAACAUCAGUGGCCUUGCCACAGCUGAGCAGCCCGAAUCUGAUGGUCAAUCUUCAUCAUUUACAUUCACUUCUGACAAUGGAGAUCGAACUGUUCAAAAUACAUCUAGCAGAGAUGAUAGUAUCUAUAUAAAGGGACCCAAGAAGGAUUCUUCUUCUCAAUUGGAUGCUUCGUCAGUGACGAUGCCCAUGUCAUUCAUGACAGGCUCAAUUGUGGGCAAGAGGUUUUACAAGAAGGUAAUCACGCGAGAGGCUGAUGAUGGUAUUGGUUGGACUGUUAUGCUUGACUAUCGAACCCUCAAAACCCCUGCCAAGCGUCCUCUCAAGUGCCCCACUCGCGCUCUUGCCAAAGCCAUUGCUGCUGAAUGGGAAUACCAGGAAGCAGAUGGUAUCAGACCCUUUACAAUGCCACUGAUGCAACUUGCUUGUACCGCAUUUGAAAGAGUUCCAGUCACCAGACCAAAGAUUAUUGAGAACUUGAUGAAAAAGUUCAAUCAAGAUUUAGUCUUCUGUCGUGCUCCAGGGGAUAAUGAUCUCACAGCUAUGGUUCUUGAGCGUCAAGUGGAGAAAGUUGAUCCUCUACUUCACUGGUUGGAAUCAGAGUUCGGCUUCAAACCUGCUAUAUAUUCCAGCUUUUUCGGUGGAAAGCAGGAGGAUGGUCUUGUCAACGCCAUUGAGGACUUUCUUAAAAAAACAAAUGAUUGCGAAUUGGCAGCAAUUGAUGCAAUCGCUGCAUCUGCACACUCUCUAGUUAUUGCAAUUGGUGUGUUCCGUGGUAGAUUGGGAAUCGAAGAGGCAAUUGAAUUGAUCAGGCUUGAGGAAGAUUCGCAGAUUGACAAAUGGGGUCUGGUUGAAGGUGGGCAUGACCUUGACAUAGCCGAUCUACAAGUGCAGCUUGCUUCUGCUGCUGUGUUUCUCAGGCUGUCAAGGAGUCAUUAGAUUUCUAUUAAGUCUGCAUAGUGGUAAUAAUCUUAGAGUUGUGAUUCUUGAAGAUAAAACGGCCUGUAGUAUUAGUACAUUUUACUAUGUACUAGAGCAUUUUUGCUAUGGACUUGUGGUUUAAGUUGUGUUAGUUGAGGCAAACUAUACAUCAUGUAAUAAUGUUGAGGCAAAUUAUUUGGUGUCUUGCAAGACGAAAAUUGCACACAAGUGUUCGAGUUUAUGAAAUGAUCUUGCAAA